AUGCGAGGGCAGGCAAACGAAGUAAUUUCCAGUCUUAGGUCCACUCUUUGCACAGAGAAGGCAAAGCUCGAAGAAGUUCGCACUGGCCUCCAAGUUGACACCUCUGAGUUCAACACCUCCAUUUCAUCAAAAAUUCAAAAGCUGCAAGAUGACUUGUCUAUAGAAAUCAAGAUAAUAGAUGCUCUCGUAGUGAAGACAGAAAAAGUAAAAGUGUUAACUAUCAAGCUUGAGAAUGAUGAGAAGCAGAUCAAUGAACUCUUGUCCAAAAGGGCUGUUGUAAAGAGUUGGGUGGCAGACGUGAACACCUUGCUAUGUGACAUAAUCGAGACUCGUAACUCUAUGAUCACGACUACUGUCAAAAAACAUUUGGCUAAACAUCUUCACCUAGUUAUCGCUAUGCUCAACUGGUUGGAAGGUGUUUCGGAGUCGAGCUCCAUUCUGAAACAAAAUGGAGAAAAUUUGAAGCAAUCUAAGAAGGAUAACCCCAAGUCAACAGUCAAGCCAAAGAAAGAUAACGAACCGAAGUGGUGCAGACCACUUGCUUUUCUCAUUCUACCUAAAGCAUAUGAAGCCACAGUAAAGAAGAUAAAUGUUGUUAAGGUUACUGGUCCAUUCGAAACUGAUAGCUUCCCGAACGCUCGUUUUAAGGUUAUGUUUUUAAGGUUACUGGUCCAUUCGAAACUGAUAGCUUCCCGAACGCUCGUUUUAAGGUUGCUAGAGGUGCUACGAGUCAGGUGUGCGAAUUCACACUUGCCGAUAUUCCCUGUCUGA